AUGGAGGAGGCCAUAUGUGGCGGUGUCAAAACUUGGCAGCCGGGCUCCAUCCUCUCAAAUGAGAGGCAGGCAAUAAAGAGGCAGGCUGCCCAGAGUGGGUGCACGUAUGCGGGGCCCUGCAGCGCCCCCUCUGCCCUGUCUCGCCUUGGAGUGCGUUGUCUCUGGAGGUUGUUCUGCCUGCUGACCAUUCAGGCCAAGUCCACGUCAGGGCAGAGUGGGCGGGUCGCCCAGCCAUGGCAUUCUAGUGUAGGGAACGGAGAGGAACCUCGCGAACAGAAAUCAGAGCCUGUGAGGAUUCGACAGUGCACCACCACCGGGGGCCCAUCCCAUCUCGGGACACAAAGGGAAUGUGAGAAGCAGCAAAGACAAAGGCGCGGGCAAGGGCCUUCAAAGAGCCUCAGUCCAGCCCUCUCCUUCUCCACACUCGUCCACUGUCUCCAGCUCUGUGACACCGUGCAUCAAACACUUCUGCACAGGUGUCUUUAA